AUGCACGGAUCAUUAGGCCCUGCUGCCCCAUGCCCAGUGCCUGUUUUAUCCUCACUGGAUACCCCAUCUCAUGGACAAUUUUCGGCACGCACCCUACCCUCUCUUCCCCGACCAUUUGCAUCCACACAGCACGUCCCUGGACAGUCCCUUGCUGCUGCUUCUUCGCCAAUGCCUGUCUCAAAUCUGCCGCUUUCUCAGUCCUCUCACAAUCAAUUGCUAUCGCCGUCUGCAGCGUCGAAGGCGGCGGCGGCAGCAGCAGCAGAAUCAGAAGCAGCAGCAGGAGCAGGAGCAGCAGCAGCCGCAGCAGCAGCCGCAGCAGCAGCAGCAGCAGCAGCAGCAGCAGCCGCAGCAGCAGCCGCAGCAGCAGCAGCAGCAGCAGCAGCAGCAGCAGCAGCAGCAGCAGCAGCAGCAGCAGCAGCAGCAGCAGCAGCAGCAGCAGCAGCAGCAGCAGCAGCAGCAGCAGCAGCAGCAGCAGCAGCAGCAGCAGCAGCAGCAGCAGCAGCAGCAGCAGCAGCAGCAGCAGCAGCAGCAGCAGCAGCAGCAGCAGCAGCAGCAGCAGCAGCAGCAGCCGCCGCCGCCGCCGCCGCCGCAGCAGCAGCAGCAGCAGCUGCAGGAACACCAGACGAAGCAGCAGGAGCAACAACAACAACGACGACAUCAGCUGCAGCAGCAGCAGGAGCAGCAGCAUCAGGUGCAUGCGGAGGGACAGAGGCAUCAUCAGAAGUGGCAGCAGCAGCAACAGCACACCUGCCUGCACUCCAAGAGCUCAUAACACAUGCCCUGGAGCAAGCUUGGCUACUGCUGCAGCAGGCGGGGAUGGACGUGGCCCUUUCGCAGCAGUAG